AUGAUCUCGGCUGCACCUUUCUCGUCGACCUCGAUGGCGACGACCCCUGUACUCGACGUGCAACGCACGAGCGCGCGCGACGACGAGCGCGACUUUGUCCUCGAGGGCGUCUUCAUCCACCCGGACCACCUCGCGCAAGGUUUCUUCGCCGACGAGCUCGUCGACUCGUGCUCCGAGACGUCGAGCAUCGUCGACUACAACGACGAGCUCCCCGUCGCCGAGCUCUCCGGCCUCGCGCUCAACUGCGGGUCGGCGCAGGACGCGUCGCACGACUACUUCGCCCCGCGCGCCGGCUCGUCCAACCCGUCGCCGUUCUACUCGGGCUCGACCGAGUCGAGCCAGGCGUCGUCGCUCCUCGAGCGUGACAGUCCCGGCGCAUGGUCGGCGGCCAGCACCCCGACGUGCGACGCGCUCGUCAAGCCCGACUUCUCGCGCCGGUCGUCCAUGUACUCGGUCUCGGACGUCGCCUCGCCCUGCAUCCCGGCGACGUUCUCGUACGCGUCGUUCCACGCCCCGGCGACGGUCUCGGCGCCCAUGACGCGCCUGCCGUCGCGCAGCACCUCGCCGACGCGUCCGUCCCCCUACUCGCGCCCUGCCUCCUCGGCGUCGCACGGCGGCGCGUCAAUGACCCGCUCCGUGUCGUCGCCGGUCGAGACGCAGCGCCAGGUCGAGGACCGUCAACGCCGCAUCUCGAUCGCCGAGGUCGUCAUGGACGAGCGCGCCGUCAAGAUGGCUCGGUCGCAGUCGACGGCGACGACGCCCGUCCUCGGCGCCUUCCCGUCGCACCUCACCGGCAGCGCGUCGAUGGGCCGCACGUCGAGCAAGCCCCUUUUCUCGCCGCUCAUGGCGGCUUCGUCGUCGUCGUCCGGCUGGGCCAACCUCCCGGGCGCGUCGCCCUUCCUCGCCUCGCGCCCCGGCACGAUGCCGCUCCGCAACGAGCGCGCCCACUCGUACGCCGGUGUCGAGAACUACUUCCCGCCGCCGAGCGCCCUCGCCGAGCCGCGUCGGUCUGUCCCGACGAUCCCGUACGCCGCCUCGACCUCGGCGCCUCGCCAGUCGCGCCGCAUCUCGCGCAUCUUUCCCCUCACGCCUAUCCUUCCUCAGUCACCCGAGCUCGCCGUCGAGCCCUCACCCACCGAUAUGCCGUCCUCUACCGCACGCCAACGCUCGCCCUUGACGCGACUCGUCGCGGCCGUCGUGCCCGUCCCGCUCCUCCUCGCUGCGGUCCUCCUGCAGGCGCCGAGCCCGGCGAGCGCCGCCAUCAUCGGCGCCGAGCUGCACAACGUCUCGUCCGACACUACCCAGUUCAGCUACGUCGGCCGAUGGCGGUCCGACACCGAGGACGGCGUCUACCAGGCCUACUCGAACGACACGGACGCCGUCGUCACCUUCUCGUUCGUCGGUGUCGGCGCGUCAUACCUCGCCGAGAAGCGCGACGACCGAGGAAUCUGCUCGAUCCAGGUCGACGACCAGUACCCGACCUACAUGGACCUGUACGACAACUCGGGCUACUCGCAGGGCCUGCAGCCUAUCUGGAGCAGCGGCACGCUCGUCUAUGGGCAGCACAACAUCACGAUCUCGCAGGUCGGGCCCGACUCGCGCUUCGGCUAUUACCCGUACCUCGUCACGUCUACCUGGCUCGAGGCGGUCCCGAGCGAUGUCGCGUCCUACCUCAACACCCAGGUCAUUCCUUCAUCGACCGCAUCAUCUAUCCCGACCCAGUCGUCGAGCUCGUCGCCCAACGUCGGCGCCAUCGUCGGCGGCACGAUCGGCGCCGUCCUCGCCGCCAUGCUCCUCGGCUUCCUCUUCUACCUGUACUGGCGCGACCGCACGCAGCGCAAGCGCAGCGAGGGCGCGCCCGUCGAAAAGGUCAAGAAGGCCGACGGCAAGAUGGCGAUCGAGGACGAGCCCGAGUCGAGCCCCUACGGCGGCGCGCCGUACCCUGGCUGGGGCGCCGGCUUCAGCGGCUACGGUUACCCGCACGACCCGUACGGCGCCUACUCGAGCGGCGGCGCGUACACGCCGUACGGCUACGACCCGAGCUCGGCCGCCGGGUCGGCCUGGGGAGGCUACGCUCCGCCGCACCACCCUCAGCACGCGCACCAGGGCGGCGGUGGCGGCGGCGGGUACCUCGGCGCGCCCCUCUCGGCGGACUCGCGCUCGGCCGACUCGCACAGCGCACCCGCACCUCGCGCGAGCGGCGGCGCGAGCAGCUCGGGCGGCGCGUACCCGGCGUCGGCGGCACGAGGGUCCAACUACGACUCGGCGUACCACUCGGGCGACGGCAGCGACUCGCGCAGCUACCCGUACCACGUGCAGGGCUUCGGCACCGAGUCGAGGUCGUACCCCGUGCCCGAGAUCUAGAGGCCGUUUCGGAGCGGCGUCGAGUCGGUCGAGGCGGGCGAGCUGUUGGACGGACACUGCGCGAGGGCCGGGCUUUUCCCCUUUCUCCUCUCCCUUCUUUAAUCUUGCACACGGUACUCUGUUGUUCUGCUACUUGCAUCGCGAGCCUCCUUCUACUGCC